UCGCCCUGCGUCCCAUGGUCCCGAGAUCAUAACGGCCAUUUCAACAUGGCGUUCAACUUCAACUGGUCGCCUCUGACGGCGGACGCCGAGUUCUACUCGCGCGCGCGAGACCUGCUCACAAAGGCGCUGAACAAGUCGCCCAAACCCCCAAUCAUCGUCGAUGACAUCCUCGUCAGCGAGUUCAAUCUCGGCACCGUGCCGCCCGACCUGGAGAUCCUGGAAAUCGGCGACCUGGCAGAAGAUAGAUUCCGAGGCAUAUUCAAGAUGACCUACGCCGGAGACGCCUACUUGACGCUCAAGACGCGGGUUCAGGCGAAUCCCCUCAACACUUACCUCUUCUCCAAGCCGGAAUUUACUUCGCCACAGCCGCUGGCCGCGGCAUCGGGCCUCACGAUUCCCCUCUCCAUCACCCUGUCCGAAAUCAAGCUAUCGGCCUUCAUCAUCCUGGUCUUCUCGAAACAAAAAGGACUGACCCUGGUGUUUCGCAAUGACCCACUCGAGUCGCUCAAGGUCUCCUCGACCUUUGAUUCGAUACAGUUCGUGCGGGACUAUCUGCAGCGAACCAUUGAGCAGCAGCUGCGGAAUUUGAUGAUGGACGAGCUGCCAGCGAUUAUCCAUCGGCUGUCCCUGCAACUGUGGUGUCCUGAUCAGGCCAAUAAGGGCGUCGAGACACCCAAAGAGGAGACGGACGAGGAGGGGGUCAACCCGCUAUCAAGCCCACCUCUGGACCCUGUCGAUGCCAAUGGCAACGUGCUGGACCCAAGCGCCAUCUCCGAAAUCUCUCUCAACGGCGGAGGCGAAACCCAGUCGCUCUUCUCCCAAAAGAAUCUGCUGCGCCUCGCCGCGCUCACGGAUUCGCAUCGGACCCUUUCUCUGUUUACACCCGGCAUACGAGACGUUGUUUUCCGAGCCUGGUCGGGCUGCGCCGAUCGGAACGACGUCGCCACUCCGUCUAUUUCGUCCCCCAGCCGAGUCCGGACGAACUCAUACACAGGCGGCACAGGCACCACAUAUACAUUUUCCGAUACAGGAAGCACACUCCAUGGCUCGAUAUCGUCGCGGCCUACACUUACAAGCGUCAACUCCUCCAUGGGCCUGAGCGUCGGUGGCAAUACACGAUCACGGCCGGGCCGCAAGAAGAAGAACCGCGUGGUCAAUCUCAGGAAGACCAAGUCUGAAGCCGUGACUCCUGAGAAUCAAUCCGAAACUGGAACCAGCACACCCACUUCGGUCAACCCUCCCCUCUCGGAGCCCCUAUUUGACAAUUCAAUACCAGAGGAGGAUGAGCUGCAGGAUGUUCCCUUCACCGGCGACCACCUUAAGCCACAAACGCUCGUCCCCAACGUUGGCGAGGAUUCGCCCACUUUGGAGGAGCUCACAUCGGCCCUGAAGGACUUGAAGAUGUUUGCCGACGCCACGGCCAACAGCCGGAGACCGACUCCCGAAAAGGGCAGCCCACGGGAGGCGGCAGGCGCCGCGGCCCAAACAUCGCCUGACGUUUUAGACCAAGACUGGGUCAUGAAGAUGGCGAGCGAGAUCGCACGCCGCGUCUAUGACGAGAAGCGGUCCCAGCAACGGGGCAAAUGGGACGCCUCGGAGGACGCCCCGCCCCCUGCAUACGAGGCAUCGCCUCAGUCUCCAUGCCAUUGA